AUGACAGGUAAGGAUUCCAACCAUUCAACAUUGGAUAUGGUUCCGGACCUGGUUAGCGAUUCAGACACAGAUGACGAAAUGAACAACUACACAUACGAACGUUCUUAUAUGCACCAUUUCUCGGCUAUCGACAACGAGCGCAAGGAGGUCAUGUACCUGGUAGUUCGCGUUGCAUGUGAAAACAUCGCGCUUCGCCAGGGAAUUAACCAGGCCUCUUUGGAGAGAUUUGUUAGGCGUAUUUUGGAACGUUCCGGAUUAGGGAUGGCCACUUUUAUCAGAGGAUUAUCGAUUCUUCAACGAUCUACGAGUCCAGAUUGUAUUUAUAGACGCAUUUUGUAUUCGAUGAUUGUGGCCAGAGGAAUCCCGCAGGACUUGACUCGGUGGUCAAGAGUCAGCGGGAUUAGCAGCGAAAGGUUACAGAGCGAGGUAAGAACUUUUGCCCAAGGAUUGGGUAAAACCGCAGUUCAAGACGAGGAGGUUUAUGUGCUAAACCAAAACAUAAAGACCGAGGUCUUAAAGUAUGUAAAAAUAGCACGUGAAUACUGCUAA